AUGGCUAGACCUAGGCAGGCCCCACAGCUUCUACUGGCCAUUCUGGUGGCCCUGGUGGCCUUCACCUACCAAGUAAAGAAGACCUUCAUGAGUGUCCAAGAAGUGCCUGCAUCAGGAGCCUACGUGGUAACCACCUUGGAGUACGUGACCAGUGAGUUCAACCAGGAAAGUGAUGACAAGUACAACUUCCGGAUUGUGCGUGUCCUGAAGGUCAAGAAGCUGGUUACCGACCACCUGGAGUACCACGUGAACUUCGAGAUGCGGCGGACCACCUGUCAAAGGCUGGAGGCCAACAACUGCAGCUUUCAGGAAGGGGUGCUUUACAAGCAAAUUGAGUGCUUUUACUCAGUGUUUGUUGUUCCCUGGUUUGAAAAGUACAAAAUUCUGCACAAAAAUUGCACCAAUGGCUAG